UAAUGGCAACUGGGUAGAUCAGUCGAUGUACACUGGAUCGGAUCUAGGGUUGUCUUGCAACAGAACACUGACUCCCAUCUUCCUCUCCGGUGACCUUGCAUCACCUUCAUCGCCGUGCCGCUCAAACAGCUCUGCUUCCGAGGUCCAUAAUCCACGUUUUUCAUCUGUGGCUGUCUUCACUGCUUGUUUGCCCCUCCAGAUUCAUUCCAGAAGCACUUCUAUUGCUCUUUUUUUCGUUUCCUCGCACCAUUCCAUACAAAAAAAGAACAAAACUCCAAAAGAAAGAGGGGAGACUUUGUUUUGCUCCUGUUUACCAUGAUUUACGUGUUGAUGUUCCGCCCUUGUCCCCCUGGAUAAACACUUCUUCAUCUCCUCCGGCAUCCAAGAUCCAACUAUCCAAGACUCCAAUUUAACCACCUUUCCCUGUUUUCAUGUCUUUACACCUGAGAUCCAUGCAUUCUAUAAAUUAGCUGAAGACAUCCAAAAAUCUGCAAUUCAAUGGCGGAGGUGGUGCUGGCUGGCUUACAAAUGGCAGCAUCGCCGAUCCUAAAGAAGCUCCUCGCUGAUGCUUCCAGGUAUCUUGGUGUUGACAUGGCGAGUGAGCUCCAUGAACUGGAGACCACCAUCAUGCCACAGCUUGAGCUGAUGAUUGAAGCAGCUAACAAGAGCAACCACAGGACCAAGCUGGACAAGUGGCUCCAAGAACUCAAAGAAGCCUUCUACAAAGCCGAAGAUCUGCUCGACAUGCACGAGUACAACCUCCUCGAGCGCAAAGCAAAGAGCGGGAAGGGUACCUCGCCACCACAUGAUUCCACCAUCAGCCCUAUUCUGAAGCCUCUGCAUGCUGCUUCCAACCGGUUGUCCAAUCUGUGCUCCAAGAAUAGGAAGCUAAUUAGCCAGCUGAAUGAACUGAAGGCCAUUCUGGCGAAAGGCAAGGUGUUCCGUGCACUUCUUUGCUUACCAGCUGGCAACAGUAUAGAUGGCCCUUCUGUACAAACAUCCCUUGUUCCUCUGGCCACAUCAUUACCACCUCUGAAAGUAAUUGGCCGUGACAAAGAUCGCGAUCAUAUAAUAGACCUUCUUACUAAGCCGGUUGGUCCAGAGGCUAAUUCAGCUAUAUAUUCGGGUUUGGCCAUUAUUGGAGCAGGAGGCAUGGGAAAAUCCACCUUGGCACAACAUGUUUACAAUGACCAGAGGGUGCAAGACCAUUUUGAUGCUCGGAUGUGGGUUUGCGUCUCACGUAGACUUGAUGUCCAUCGUCACACAUGUGAGAUUAUUGAAUCCGCAGCUAAGCGGGAGUGCCCACGCGUUGGUAAUCUGGAUACUCUCCAGUGCCAAUUAAGGGACAUACUGCAAAAAUCAGAGAAAUUCUUGCUUGUGUUGGAUGAUGUUUGGUUUGAUGACUCGAGCAGUCAGAUGGAAUGGGACCAACUUUUAGCUCCUCUAGUUUCGCAGCAAAAGGGAAGCAAAGUACUAGUAACUUCUCGCCGGGAUACAUUUCCUGCUGCUCUUUACUGUGAAAGGGGGCUCCGUUUGGAAAGCAUGGAAGAUACUCAGUUCUUGGCACUUUUCAAACACUAUGCCUUCACUGGAGCAGAAAUCAGCAACCCUCCAUUGUUUCAAAGGCUAGAAGCAAUUGCAGAGAAGAUAGCUAAAAGGCUUGGACAAUCUCCUUUGGCUGCAAAAGUUGUGGGCUCCCAGUUGAAAGGGAAAAUGAAUAUCUCUGCCUGGAAGGAUGCUCUAACUUUAAAGAUCGUCAGCUUAAACGAGCCCAGAACAGCCUUGUUGUGGAGUUAUCAGAAGUUAGAUCCACGUCUGCAGAGGUGCUUUGUAUAUUGCAGCUUGUUUCCGAAAGGGCACAAGUAUAACAUUGAUGAGUUGGUUCACCUGCUGAUAGCGGAGGGACUUAUUGAUCCAUGCAACCAGAACAGGAGAAUGGUAGAUGUUGGAAAGGAUUACCUCAAUGAGAUGGCUUCUGGGUCUUUCUUGCAACCAUUUUCUGAAAAAUAUAAAGAGCCAAGCUACAUUAUGCAUGAUCUUCUUCAUGAUUUGGCAGAGUCGCUCUCUAAAGAACACUGCUUUCGCUUAGAGGAUGAUAAGGUGACAGAAAUACCAUGCACUGUUCGACAUCUAUCUGUUCGUGUUGAGAAUAUGAAACAGCAUAAGCACAUCAUCUGCAAGCUACAUAAUCUGCGCACUGUUAUCUGCAUUGACCCACUUACAGACGAUGUGAGUGAUAUUUUCCAUCACGUACUGCAAAAUUUGAAGAAGUUGCGUGUACUCCAUUUGUGCUUUUACAAUAGUAGCAAGCUGCCUGAAACUGUUGGUGAACUGAAGCACCUUCGGUAUUUAAACCUCAUUAGAACUUCCAUUGCUGAAUUACCUGGUUCAUUAUGUGCUCUUUACCACUUACAGUUACUACAGUUGAACCAUAAAGUUAAGAGUUUACCUGACAAACUCUGCAAUUUAAGUAAGCUACAACAUCUUGAGGGGUAUCGUGAGUUAUAUAAUUUGUUUGAAGAAGCGCUGCCUCAAAUCCCUUAUAUAGGCAAGCUAGGUUUGCUCCAACAUGUUAAAGAAUUUUGUGUGCAAAAGCAGAAGGGAUGUGACUUAGGACAACUCAGAGAGAUGAAAGAGCUUAGUGGUAGUUUAUGUAUAAAAAAUCUCGAGAAUGUCAACGGAAAAGAUGAAGCCUUGGAGUCGAAGCUAUAUCAGAAAAGUCAUCUUGGAAGCUUGGAGCUUGUCUGGAGUUGCAAUGAUGGCAUGGAUUCGGAGGGUAGUUUACAGUUAGAAGUUCUAGAAGGUUUGGUGCCGCCGCCACAACUUAUGGGCCUCAAAAUCGAGGGUUUCAAAUCUGCAACAUAUCCAAGAUGGUUAGUCGAGAGUUUACAUUUUGAGAAUUUGGAAUCCUUUAAGCUUGUUAAUUGCAGUGCAUUAGAAAGCUUGCCAAUCAAUAUAGAGCUCUUUAGGCAUUGCUCUGAACUGCUGCUCGAGAAUGUCCCAAGUCUGAAAAUAUUAUCUUGUCUUCCAGCAGAACUUACACACUUAUCAAUUACCAGUUGCCCACUGCUUAUUUUUAUUAUGAAUGAUGAACUAGAACAACAUGAUCAGAGUGAGAACACCACGAGGACAGAGUACUUGGCAUCACAACUUGCUUCCAUAUGGGAGGUGGAUUCCGGAGAGGAAAUUAGGGAAGUAAUUUCAUCAGACCACUCAUCUCUGAAGCAGUUGAUGACAUUGAUGGAUACUGACAUGUCACAUCUUCAAACCAUUGCAAAUGCUGAGAACGACGCAACAAUUCUGAAAGAGGAUAUCAUCAAGGCAUGGAUAUGUUGCCAUCAGAAGAGGAUAAGAUUCGUUUAUGGAAGGCACAUCGGGAUGCCUCUGGUUCCACCAUCAGGACUUCGUCAACUUGCUCUUUCUUCAUGCAGUAUCACAGACGGGGCAUUAGCUGUAUGCCUGGAUAGUCUCACUUCACUGAGAGAUUUGUCCUUAGUGGAGAUCAUGACUUUAACUACACUUCCGUCACAAGAGGUCUUCCAACAUUUGCAUAAGCUCGAGUACUUAAUCAUUAGAAAUUGCUGGUGUUUCAGGUCAUUAGGGGGCUUACGAGUUGCUACCUCUCUUUUGGAUGUAAGAUUGCUUUCCUGCCCUUCUUUGGACUUGGAAGGCGGAGCAGAUUUAAUGCCGUCAAUGCUUAAGAGGCUCAUUAUAUCCAGCUCCGUGGUUGCAACUAAUCUCUUCAGUAGUGACUUGCCGCACCUGAAAUAUUUUUCCAUGUUUGGCUGCAGAAGCUCUGUUUCUUUGUCGAUUGGUCAUCUGACCUCCCUUAAAUCACUAAUACUACAAGGUAUGCCUGAUCUGUGCUUACUUGAAGGACUGCCAUCCCUUAAACUUCAGCGCCUAGAUUUGAUAGAUGUCCCGAAGCUAACUGCAGAGUGCAUCGGACAGUUUCGAGCCCAGAAGUCACUCUGUGUUAGCAGCCUUGCGAUGCUCAACCAAAUGCUCUUGGCUGAAGGUUUCACAGUUCCACCAUUUCUCUCUCUUCAAGAAUGCAAAGAGCCAUUUGUGUCAUUUAAAGACUCUGCAAAUUUCACUUAUGUCAAGUGCCUGACAUUAUGUGGGUGUGAAAUGAGGUCCCUGCCAGGAAAUCUGAAGUGCUUCUCCAGUCUGACGAAACUCGAUAUCUAUGAAUGCCCAAACAUAUCAUCUUUACCAGAUCUGCCAUCCUCCCUCCAACAUAUAUGUUUUUGGGAUUGUGAGCGCCUGAUUGAGAGCUGCCGAGCACCUGAUGGAGAAAGCUGGCCAAAGAUUGCGCAUGUCCGAUGGAAGGAUUUCAGAAGUAAAUUGUGAUUCAGAUUCAUAACUACAAACAAAUGUAAAG